AUGUCUCUCACCGCCGAGCAACAAGACAACUUCGAGGACAUCGAGAAGCAGUUCGCUGUCAAGGCUGUCCAGCAUAUGACCACUUAUUGGUCCAUCCUUGAGAAGGUCCCCGGUUCCAAGCUACGCCUCACCAAGAUCGACGACGAAAUCUACGAGCACUUCAAGAAGGAGUUCCCCGACUACGAUGCUAAGGCUACCAUCAACGAGGAUGAGAUGAAGAGCAAGGCUGGCAAGGACCGCUGGAGAAACUUCAUCAACCAGUACGAGAACAAGGUUGACGACUACAACUUCGGCACACUGUUGCGCUCCAACCCUGCCUUCGAGUACGGUCAGGACGAGACCAUCUUCGCUGACGCCAAGACAUCAGCUGUGCGCAUGCAGUUCUACGCGCUCGAGAUCCUGAGAAAUCGCGAAGGUCUGAAUGACUGGAUCUACGAGAAAGCCCAAGGCCAGAAGGCAUCGUGA